UACAGGAAGCAGUUACGUACUACAAGGAACAUGGCUGCUGCCGUCGGGAUGAGGACGUGGAUCUGUCCGGGCAAAGGAGUUUUGUACCCGUGGGGGGGACUCAUCAUUUGUGUUAUGUUCCUCAACACCAUACAUGCGGCUCUUGCCGCUCCAGAAACGGGGCUGUGGAAAAUCACAGUAGAAAAUAUUUCAAGGCCACUGCUGUUAAGAAAAUCCAUGUAUAAAGACACUGAUAUUGAACUAAAAGUUGUUUCUUUUGGCUGUCCGGAGGAAAUGACCUUCACAAUUCACUGGUAUUUAAAAUACUACCCCUGUCACAAUGAAUUCACUAAUAUAGAGGAAAUGUAUGAGAGAACGCCUUUGAGUCGUGGAGAGAGCCUGGACCCAAAUCCCCUUGGACAAGGAGAGUACAUUGAACAUGUGUACAGUCCCAUGAAGUGCGACAGAGUAAUGCGCUCUUUCCCAAUGCUCAAAAAAGCCAAGGCGGAACCACGUCAAGUUGUUCUACCUGUCGAGGGCAAAGUGCCAGAUCAAAAUUAUACCAGAUGGAUUACUGAGGAAGAAGAGAGCAGCAGCACCGCAAAGAACAGCAGCACAAAUAUCAGAGACAAUGUCAUAGCCACCACAUGGAAGGACGGGCCUUACCUGCUGGUUGUCAAGUUUCUGCCCAAUAAACAGGAGGUUCACUGGAAUUUGACAGUCAGUGUCGUGAUGAAAGGCAGCCACGGCUACAUUUCCAUCACAGAAUGGCCUCUCAUGAUUUUCUACAUGGUGAUGUGCAUCAUGUACAUCCUGUACGCCCUGCUGUGGUUCGUCUGGGCAGCGUGCUACUGGAAGGAUCUGCUGAGGAUCCAGUUCUGGAUAGCAGGGGUCAUAUUCCUCGGGAUGGUGGAGAUGGCCGUCUUCUGCGCUGAAUAUGAAAACACCAAUACUGUCGGCUCUGCAUCAUCAGGUUUGUUGAUCUUUGCUGAGCUGGUCUCCGCCCUCAAGAGGACUUUGGCUCGGUUGCUAGUUAUCAUUGUCAGUCUUGGAUAUGGCAUCGUAAAGCCUCGACUGGGGACAGUCAUGCACAGAGUUGUGGGGCUCGGUGUCCUCUACUUUGCCUUUGCUAGCAUCGAAGGUGUCCUGAGGAUUACUGGGGCAAAAGACUCUGACUUGGCCCUGCUGGCCAACAUUCCUCUGGCUCUGCUUGACUCCUCUCUAUGCUGGUGGAUCUUUGUCAGCCUGGCACAAACCAUCAAGACUCUGAAGCUACGGAGAAACCCUGUGAAGUUGUCUCUCUACAGACACUUUACAAACACACUGCUAUUUGCUGUGAUUGCUUCCAUCAUUUUCAUGGGUUGGACAGCAAAGAAAUUUCAUCUCGCAGACUGCCAGUCUGACUGGAUUGAGCUGUGGGUGGAGGAUGCUUUCUGGAGGUUCUUGUUCUCCAUCGUCCUGCUCGUCAUCAUGUUCUUAUGGAGGCCGUCUGCCAACAACCAGAGGUAUGCUUUUACACCUCUCAUCGAUGACUCUGACGAUGAGGAGAUAGAGGAGUUCGUCGCCUCGACGAACAUUGCUGAUGGUAUUAAAUUGAGAGCAAGUAAAAGUGAGUCAAAUGGCACAGCGAGGUCCACAGAUCCAAACCCAGAGGAUGACUUGAAGUGGGUGGAGGAUAACAUUCCCACCUCUCUUACCGACGUAGCUUUACCUGUCCUGCUCGACUCAGAUGAGGAAAUCAUGACAACAAAAUACGAGAUGUCGAAGCUGGAGUGAGGUAAAAUGUUCAUGUGAAGGAGGGCGAAUACAGCAGAAGUCCUUGACUCUGCCACCAGGGUUUUUCUCCAGAAUUUGCAGUCGGGUGACAUUAAGCUUCUCCAGAGGAUCCUCCUGAAUGUUUGCUACUCUGCAAGGAGGUGCAGGUCACAGUUUAGGAAGACCCCCGUUUCCUUUCCUCAACUUUUUCUCCCAGAAAAAGACUUGUCUUUUCAUCGACCAGUUCAUUAUUUUUCUUAUUCGAUCAGUUGUGAAGCUUUCUUUCCAAAGAGAAUGUUUCCUUUUUUUAUUGCCCCCAUUUGCUGUGUUUAUUUUAUUUUAUCUUAUGAUUAUGAAUUGAAUUUAAGUAGGGACCACAUGUAUGAAUGUACUGUACUUUCAAAUGUACAAGCACAUCUUUUUUUUCGGGGGUAUCUACAUAUUAUUGGUUGUUUUGAAGAACAAUUUCCUAUGGGGAAAACAAUUAAAAAGUGGUUUAUUUAAGCUCAUUUUGUAGCCAGAUGAGAGACUGUUGAUUGAUGUCUUGAAGGAGUUGUCUUAAUUACAUAAAGUUACCGUUGCAGAAAUUCGCUCAAAGGAAAAAGGCAUAGGUUUUUGCUCAUAUGCACUUUGAAGAUCAUAGCUGUGCCUACAUGUAUUUGUUGUGCGAGGUUGUCUCUUGAUUCAGGAAACCGGGCGUAUACAAGUUGUCAUUCAUGUUUGGAUUGAAACUACCUGAUGUUGUCAGUGUUGGUGUGUGUGUGUGUGCGAGAUGAAUCAUAAACUGGGUUUGCUAUCAUGUUGUGGACCUACUGUAUGUGUGUUUGGAGUGUGGUUUUGUGUCUUUUAAAAAAAUAAGGGGCAAUAUACUGUAUGUUUGUAGGUUGACAUGAUGGAGCAAUGUGAUUAAUUAUUUAUUUGUUGUUCUUUUUCAAGUGUACUUAUAAGUUGUUGAGGUGUGUGUUUACGUUGUGUGAUUCCGUUAUUAUUAUUAUUAUUAUUAUUAUUAUUAUUGUUGUUAUUUUUAAUAACCUGGAUCCUGAACAGUCUCACAAUGUUUUUGGGCAGACUGCAAACUGCUACGUGUACUUUAUUUCUUUCCAGUGUUUGCUGUCUUUGCCAAUGAAAUCGUCGAGUUGGUUUCAGAGACACUCUUAAUAACAUUCAUGGUUUUAAAGUCUUAAUAUGUUUUGGGUUGUUUUUUUUUUGUACUUCUAUUUGACAUUUUCAAAGUUGGAACACUGACAUUGUCUUCUUCAAGUAAAUGUAACAGCAGGUCAUCUGUACAUGUCAUCCCAUGUUAUGAUAAAAAAAAAAUGUAUGUGGUUAGCACAAGCUAAUCAUGUGAAUGGGUUUAUACUGUCACUUUCUCUUGGUUGGAAAAUUGAAAUAAUUGUGUUUACAAUGGCAGGCUGUCCCUCUGUUAUAUAAAGCUGCAGACACCUGCGGAGGACCUUUGAUUAUUUGUACAGAUGGGUUGUGGCUCAUUCCUGUUAUUUCAUAAUUCCAGAGGUGGAGCAGUGUCUGGAUAAUUUGACGUUUUCCUUUUCUACUUUUCACGAGUGUCAUGAAGAACUGGGUUCAAACUUUUUCGUACCGGCGGUUCUCCUGUCUUCCUUCUCGGGAAGUUUGUACACUCAAAAAGAAAUAUGAAAUAAAUCCAGGAGAAUGUUUGUUUCCUGGUUUAUUAUGUCCAGUAUUGGCAAUAAAAAAAAAUACACGCACA